AUGGCGUCCCUGGCCCCCGCUGCCGUGCGGGAAUUCGUGGGCCAGCCACUCAAAGAGCUCGGAGAACUCUACGAGAACUCGCUCAAGGCCAUGCUCGUGUGCGGCCUCGAGUUCUACCUCUCGGCGUCGCUCAUGGCUUCGUUCUUCCAGUGUCCAGACGAGACUGUGCAGGCGGAACAGGAGCUCCGGACGCUCUAUACAUUGGCGUGGGUGCCCAUGUUCCUCGCUGCCGUGCUCGUGUACGGUCCAAAGCUCUCGGCCUCGAUCUUCCCGCUGCCGGAGCACUUUGAGCGCAACAUGCUGCGCUGCAAGAUCCUCACGUGGCUCUACGCGUUUGUGUUCCUCAUUUGGGACCCCGAUAUGGUCGUCAAGACGGGCCCGUCCUUGGGCGUGUCGAUCCUCUUUUCCGUUGCUGAUCUCGGCCGCUUUGUCAUGGACAUGAAGCUCUUGACGGACAUUGAGUACGACGAGAAUGGCAACUCGUUCAUCUUGCACGACAAGACGUCGAGGCAGGACGACGAGCAGCAGCCGGAAGGAGGAGAGGAAGCCUGCCAGCGACUCGAGCAGCACGAGGGGUUCACGGUUCACGUGAUUGCCGCAGCUAGCAAGGUGCUGCCACGGAGAGCUGGUCUGAGCAGGCAACAGGGCGCUGCCCGAUUGGAGGCGACUCUGCACGAGCGGCAGCUUGAGUCAGAGCAGUCUGCUUGUUUACAAGAAGGACCAUCAUCGUCCUUGGUUGGAAGCUCGCAAAAGCCUGACCGACGCCGGCAACCUGGACAAUCACGAAGCGGCAAAUGUGUGCAGGAGUCGGGACUGGAUCAGUCGCCGUGUACGACCAGCAGCGAGUACGUUGCCGUGACGGAUCGCAAUGUCGACGAGCACACUGCCGAGGUCAUUGCCAAGAAAUCCAUCACUUAUGAGCUCUAA